AACUCCGGUUUCAUGGAUUCCCAGUCCAGCUGCGUGGUGGUGACUGGUUUCGGGCCCUUCCGGCAGCACCUGGUGAAUUCCAGCUGGGAAGCAGUAAAGGAACUCUCCAAGCUGGGUCUGGGGAGUGACAUGGAGGUGGAGCUGCGGAUUCUUCAACUGCCAGUGGAUUACAGAGAGGUAAAGCAGAGGGUCACCAGAAUCUGGGAGGAUCUUCAACCGCAACUUGUUGUGCAUGUGGGCGUGGACCCCGCCGCCAAGGCCAUCUUUCUGGAACAGUGCGGCAAGAACUGGGGCUACGGGGACGCCGACAUCCGGGGCUUCCACCCUGAGCGUGGCGUGUGCCUUCCGGAUGGCCCAGAAGUGAUCGCUUCGGGAGUUAGCAUGAGGGCAGUCAGCAGGCGCGCGGUGGUCGAGGGCGUGGAGGUGGCCUUUUCCCGAGACGCAGGCAGGUAUGUCUGCGAUUACACCUACUACCUGUCUUUGCAUCAUGGAAAUGGGUGCGCGGCGCUCGUCCAUGUCCCUCCAUUAUCUCCUUCGCUUCCGGCUAGCCUGCUGGGAAAAGCCCUGCAAGUUAUCAUCCAGGAAAUGCUGGAGGAGACUGAGAAAACCAGGUCUCAACGCCUGGUUCAUAGGAAACUCAGCCUUUGCGAUUCCAGACAAGGGGAACCAACUGGGGGACUGCUCCUUUAGAGAAAAUUAAA